AUGGCCAACCAAUACACCCACAGACUAAACCAACUAGUCUCCCUAGUCGAAGAAGAAGGCUGGUCCGACUUCGGCUUCCUCCUCUUCCGCACAAGCUACAACGACGAGAACCUCUGGUCAACCUUCCUCGAAUACAAAGACCAAAUCCUGUCCUCAGCUAUCCAAAACGCACCCCCAGAAUCAGGACUAUCCCAUAUCACGGACAAAAUGUACCUAAAGCAGGUAUCCAACGAAGCAUUGAGGGAUAUCACACCCGAACAAGUCGCAAUCGCAUAUCGCAGCUUGGAAGAUGGCGCAGUUGAUGGAGAUGGGAAUUCGGAGGAUAGGAUUGAACCGGGUCUGAGGACUAGUGUUUGUCUUAUGGUCGAUGAGGAGUGUAUGCGGUCUGUUGUUGGGUGGGUGGAGGGCGGGUUGGGGACUGUGCCGUUUGUGAAGGCUGUGGAUGUUUUGUUGGGGGAGGAGGAGGUAGGGUAUUCGGGGGUGUUUAGGGUUGCGAUUUCGUCGUUGUUUACGGAGUUUUAUCUUGAGCAAUUGGAGUGUGGUGAGACGGUGGAGUUGGCGCCGGAGGGGGAUGGGGUUUGGAGGGGUCUGUCUAAGAAUUAA